GCAGUGUUGAGUCCGGACCCCUCAGAGCUGCAGAAGGCCAUUGAGGUCCAGCUGCUGCGGAGCGCUGUGGCUGCCAUGACAACGGCCAAUCACGAGCAGGAACAGAAGGCCAUGCCCACCUCUGAUACCCUGGUCCGUUAUCUGAAGCAGACGGGUCGUAUCUCUCUGGGUCCCCUCCGCCUCUCCACCCUCACCCUCUCUGACGGCCUGCCCACCCUCGCCACCCUGCAGCUAUACUGCUGCUCUGCCCUGGAGAACACACUGAGUGGACAGGAGGACUGUCUGAUUCCUCUGUACAGUGAAGCUCUCAGCUCCUGUAAACAGCAGGACGUCCAGCCGUGGCUCCAGGCACUGAGAUACACCAUCUACCAGAGACAGCUACUGCUCAGGCUGAAAGGCUCCUCUGCUCUGCUGGAUGGCCACCUGAUGGAACUAUGUCUGACGGCCGUCAAAUUCGCCCGGAAACAGGGGAACAUCGCCCUGGCAACGCGUCUGCUGGGCCAGUGCAGCGAGGAAGAGGAGGAGGAAGGGGAGGAGGAGGGGUUGAGCCGUGCAUUCAGGAGUCUGUCACUAGCGGGUGCUGUGGGGGAGAAGUGGGGACCUGAAUUACAGAUCGAGAAGGCUAAAGUCCUCUGCACCGCGG